GAAGAAGUGAAAAAACUACGAGAUAUUCACUUAUCUUUACUUCUAAAAAAAAUAUCAAAUAGUCAAAACAGGAAAGAGGGGCAGCUGCAAAACAGAACAGACCCACAAUUGAUUUAAGCAGAAGUUAUGUUGCCGGACUAGGGUUUUUGUUUUCAGCCAGCGGCAUUUUAUUAUUUUUCCCAAUUUUCCGGCCAUGGACGUCGGCAAUUCUUAAUUCCCUAACGCUGGGGGCAUUCAAUUGUUCAUCACUGUACACUUCCAGCUUCACCUCCGGAAAAUGCGCAGCAAGGACAGAAUCUCCUAUUUCUACGACGGGGAUGUCGGAAAUGUGUACUUCGGUGCAAACCACCCAAUGAAACCCCACCGGUUGUGUAUGACGCACCACUUGGUCCUCUCGUAUAAUCUCCAUGAUAAGAUGGAAAUUUAUAGACCUCACCGAGCAUAUCCCGUGGAGCUAGCUCAGUUCCAUUCUCCGGACUACGUGGAGUUUCUGCAGCGAAUCACACCCAACACGCAGCAAUUAUUCGCAACUGAUAUGGCCAAAUAUAGCCUUGGAGGUGAUUGUCCAGUCUUUGAGAACCUGUUCGAGUUUUGUCAAAUUUAUGCUGGUGGUACAAUAGAUGCUGCACGAAGAUUGAACAAUAAACUGUGUGACAUUGCGAUAAAUUGGGCUGGUGGAUUGCAUCAUGCAAAGAAGUGUGAGGCAUCUGGAUUCUGUUACAUAAAUGACCUAGUUUUGGGGAUUCUGGAGCUUUUGAAGUAUCAUGCGCGUGUGCUUUAUAUUGAUAUUGAUGUGCAUCAUGGUGAUGGGGUAGAGGAGGCCUUUUAUUUCACAGAUAGGGUGAUGACUGUUAGUUUUCACAAGUACGGGGACUUUUUCUUUCCUGGAACAGGUGAUGUCAAGGAUGUUGGAGAAAGAGAAGGCAAAUUUUACGCCAUCAACGUCCCUCUUAAGGAUGGAAUUGAUGAUGGCAGCUUUUUGCGUCUCUUCAAGACGAUUAUUAUGAAAGUUAUGGAGUGCUAUGUACCCGGAGCUAUUGUUCUACAAUGUGGAGCAGAUUCACUUGCUGGGGAUCGGUUGGGAAAAUUUAACUUGUCCAUUGAGGGGCAUGCAGCUUGUGUCAGGUUUGUUAAGCAACUCAAUUUGCCUUUGCUGGUAACUGGAGGUGGGGGAUACACUAAAGAGAACGUUGCUAGGUGUUGGACUGUGGAGACAGGAGCUCUUCUUGAUGUGGAGCUACCCAAUGAGAUUCCAGAAAAUGAUUACAUCAAAUAUUUUGGUCCAGAUUACACCUUGAAACGUCCAGGUGGACACAUGAUGAUGAGGUUGAGCCAGCCUAAUUAUUACUUGGAGUUGGCUGAUGUGGAUAGUGCAAACAACUUAUAUCACAGCGAAUACUAUAUGCUUGCAGGGUCAUUGACCAUGGCUUUGCAAAAGUCUACCCCAACUUGCUUGGGAUUAAAAGGCUAUGUUGUUGUUCUUGAUAUUAGCAAAAUGGGCAUAACUAUUUUCUGGAUAAACAAAUCAUAUCUGAACACAAUCCGACAGCAAGUGUGUGAAAACCUUAGUGCAAUACAGCAUGCCCCUGGUGUACAGAUGCAUGAGUCUUGUCUUGUGGAUACAUUUCCUAAUGCCUUGAUUACUGUUCUGAACAAGGAUGCUUCCUUGGUUUCAACAUAUCAAAAUGUGCCCCCUGAUUUUUAUAUACCCGAUUUUGAUGAAGACGAACAGAAUCCAGAUGAACGAGUAACUAGACACAUGCAAGACAAACAUAUUCAGCGUGAUGAUGAAUAUUAUGAUGGUGGUAAUGACAAUGACCACAAUAUGGAUGAUGCAUGAAGAAGGGUGAAGGAGCUCUUAUUGAAAUUCAAACCUACGUAGUUUUCCUCAGCGCAAAAUGGGAAUAUACAGCAAAUUUAUGCCUUAGCUACCGCGUGUAUGGGUUUUGCCUGUAAUCAUUGAUGACAGAGAGGACAUAUCACUUUGAUUUUCCUGAGAUCAACUCGCAUUGAUAAUCACCAAUUUUCACAGUCCAAGCAAUUAAUUCAUGUCAAAUAUUCAAGAUUUAAUAUUGAAAUAUAUAUAUAUAUAUAUAUGCAAUUAAUGUGGAUAGCCUACUUUCCGGCCUAAAACUUUUGGACCUAGAAUGGUAUGUUUUCUCCACUUA